CACCAUUCAUUCUGCCCCUCUUCUCUCUCUCUCUCUCUCUCUCUCUCUCUAGAUAUUGUUUUUGGGUUCUUAUUCACAAUAAUAAGUAGCUAGCUAGGGCAUAUAUAAAAGAAAAGCUAGCAAAGAGGGAAGAAGAAAAAAAGCAGCAUUAUCCCCAUCAAAGGGCAGAGAAAAAACAAAGAAACCACUGUUCUCUUCACCCAGCCAGCUCCCAUUUUACCUUCCCACCCCAACCUUUUCCCCUCCAUCCACUCCACAAUCUGUACUCAUCAUAUGGCAGACCCUAAUUACUCCUCUUUCUGCUCCCACCCCUCACAAUUCUACCCAAGCAACUACUGCCAGCAGCAGCAGCUGGACAGCCAAUUUCUUCAUCAUCAUCAUCAUCUGCAGCAAUCUUACCAGCAGCAGCAUAACUAUUACUACUAUUUGCAACCUCCUCCUCCUCCUCCUCCUCUUCUUCUUGCUCUAGAUCUUAACAACGACCCUUCGCCAUCAUCGCCUCCAUCGAAGCAAGCGUUUCCCUUUCUCAGCAUCUCCCCUUCUCCCCAUCACCACCAACAACAUGUUGAUGAUGGAGAUCACGAUGAAGAAGAAGAAAGUGGUGAGGUGAGCGUGGCGCUGAGGAUAGGUCUACCCACCUGCAGCCAUACUACUUCCGCCGACACGGCUCAUAAAUCUGCCCUCCUUCACUCUUGCUCCUUUUCUUCUACUACUACUACUACUUGUUAUAACUCUUCUACUUCAUCUUCCACCUCCGACGGCGGUGAUGAUUCCUCCGGCGACCCUGUGAUGAUGCUUGGCAGCAACGAUGAUAAGGAGGCUAAGAAGAUGUUGAAGGGGAGCGGUUACUGGAUCCCGACACCAACCCAGAUCCUGUUAGGCCCGACUCAGUUCACUUGCCCUCUGUGCUUCAAAUCCUUCAACCGUUACAACAACAUGCAGAUGCACAUGUGGGGCCAUGGAUCCGAGUACAGGAAAGGACCCGAAUCACUUCGAGGAACACAGCCCACAGGAAUGCUCAGACUUCCCUGCUACUGCUGCUCUCCGGGCUGCAAGAACAACAUCGACCACCCAAGGGCCAAACCCUUGAAGGACUUCCGGACGCUGCAGACGCACUACAAGCGGAAGCACGGCGUCAAGCCCUUCGUCUGCAGGAAGUGCUGCGGCAAGACGUUCGCCGUGAGAGGCGACUGGCGGACCCACGAGAAGAACUGCGGCAGCCUCUGGUACUGCCUCUGCGGCUCCGACUUCAAGCACAAGCGGUCGUUGAAAGACCACAUCAGGGCAUUUGGUGACGGCCACGCCGCCGUUGGCCCCGUGGAUCGUAUCGAUGCGCCGUCGUUUUGAUGAUCGACGAUGAUGAUGAUGAUGCAUGCUCUUUUUUUUCCUUGCGACUGGACUCUUAUAUAACUUAAUUACAAUGCAUGUGUGCUGAUUAAGUUUCGGAAUGUUUUUGGUCCUGUGUAAUUGGGGUGACUUGUAUAUAUUUUUCAUUAUUUUGACAGUUUUAAUCUUUAAGGUUAUAAGUUGGUGGAAAGUAAAUAUGGGGAUAUUUUGAUUUUUUUUUUAUGAGCAUGGUAACUAGAUUUUUUUGUUUUGUUUUUUGUUGACCUCUAAAUUCAAAGCAAGGGUG